ACUUCUUCUUCUUUAAAGAUCCUUUUUUUUUUAUCAUUUGAACUGAUUCUGAAUCAUCAUUCUACUUGAGAGCUGCUUAAACACCAUUGAUGAGAUCGGAUAAAAUGUCGUUUGCAAGGUAUCCGACAAUGAGGAAUAACGACUAUUUUGAAGGGAUGUUCAACGACUAUGUCGGAGUAAAGAAGGCGGUGGCGGCGAAGCAAAAGCCGCCGCCUAAAUCCACCUCCGCCCGUCUGGUAACAAUGCUCACCUGCCUCCAGUUUGCAUUCGCCAUCUACGCCACCUUCCUCCUUUACUACAUGAGUCCAGCCGUCGACCUCAAAUCCAACCAAGACUUCACAUGGGCUACCCGCAUAGCUCAAAACUGGAAGAAUCUCAUUAUCACCGCCCCUCACUUCGUCAGCCGUUACCAAGACGAUUCAUCAUCGUCCCUCCUCCAGGCAGAGUACACCCCUCAAGCUAAGUUUGCAAAGACCGACGUCUGUGAGCAGGAGAAGAUCGAUUUUGAACAGAAGAAAUCCACUGACCAGGUUAUGAUCAAACUCAAAACGGAUCUUUAUGAAGAGGUUCGACAAUUCCAGACCAAAUCUUUCGGAACAGAGUCCCUAACUGAACUCAUGGCUAUGAAGUCUAAAUGGGACUUGAAGGGCCCAACCCAGCCACGAGUAACUGUCAUUCUCAACCAUUUCAAGAGGAAGACUUUAUGCUCUCAGCUUGAUUCACUUCUUCGUCAAACACUUCCAUUUCACCAUGUUUGGGUGCUGUCAUUCGGUAGCCCCAAUGAGAUCACCUUAAGGAGGAUUGUCGAAAGCUAUAAUGAUUCGAGGAUAAGCUUCAUUAGCUCAACCUAUGAUUUCAAGUACUUUGGGAGAUUCCAGAUGGCCCUACAAACGGAAGCCGAUCUCGUCUACAUUCUCGACGAUGACAUGAUUCCCGGCACCAAGAUGCUUCAGAUUCUGUCGCACGUCGCCGGAACCGAAAAGUACAAGAACUCUGUUUUGGGAAGCAUUGGGAGAAUCCUUCCGUUCCGUCAGAAGGAUUUCACUUUUCCUAGCUACCGGAAGUUCAAAUCGAAGGAGGCUGGACUUUACUUGCCUGACCCUGCUUAUGACAUCACCGUAGAUAAAAUAGUGCAGGUGGAUUUCCUCUCUAGUUCUUGGUUCUUAUCUGCAGAGCUUGUCAAGACUCUGUUUAUUGAAGAUCCUUUCACUUUCAUGACCGGCGAAGAUCUCCACCUAAGCUACCAGCUUCAAAAAUACAGAGACGGUGGCUCAUAUGUCCUGCCAGUUGAUCCAAACGACAAAGAAACAUGGGGAGACAGCGAGCACCGGCUGGCUUAUGUAUCAGAAACGACAGUUAUCUUCAAAGACGUGGUUAAUGUGAGAGACGAUCAAUGGUGGAAAGCUCUGACGACUGGCUACGUCACACAGUGGGCUGCGAUGAACCCUCAGAAGAUAGACGCGCUCUUCUACGCCCACUCGAUCGACGAAGUGAAGGCAUUAGCUCCUCUCCUAGAAAAAUUCAAGAACACGGUUGGGAAGAAAGCUUAUAUAGUUGUCUCUGGUGGGAAAUUCUGUCCCUGUGAAGAUGCUGCGGCUGCUCUGAACUGGCCUAAGACGGUUUGUAAGGAGAGACGGUUCAAGAUAUUCGAUCUUGGAAUGGGUUCUCUAUCCACUGGCAUAUCAAACUCUGAAGUCCCGGUUGUACAAUCGGUUUAUUCUAGUAUGAAGGGUCUUGUUAAAAUGCAUAACCCAAGCGUUAUCAUCGCUGUUAAUGACAUUGAUUCUAAUGUCAGAAAGGCUCUCAAGAUGGCUUCUGAGAUCAAUCAAAACGACUCUAAUUCUUCUUCAACUCUCAUCCUUUUGCCUAGACCAUCGGUCCCUAAAGUCCUUUGGAUGGCUGAUCUAAGAUCCACAGCCUUACCAAAUUGGAACAAAAUGCACGUCUCCAUCAGCAUUAUUACCCAAAACCGAUCUCCUUCGCUAUCCCGUCUACUUAAAUCUCUAAGCGACGCAUACUACGUGGGGGACGAAAUCUCGAUCACAUUCAACAUGGAUAGCCAAGUUGAUGAGGACACUAUUAAAAUGGUGGGUGACUUCAAUUGGCCUCAUGGUCCGAAAACUUUAAGGAGAAGGAUUAUUCAAGGAGGACUGAUUCGAGCCGUGAGUGAGAGUUGGUACCCUGCUAACGAUGAUGACUUCGGACUCUUACUCGAGGACGAUAUUGAAGUCUCCCCAUAUUACUAUCUCUGGAUCAAAUAUGCUCUCAUGGCAUACCAUUACGACCCACAAAUUUCCCUCCCUCAAUUGUCAACAAUAUCUCUGUACACGCCUCGUUUGGUUGAAGUGGUGAAAGAAAGGCCAAAGUGGAACCCCACUGAGUUCUUUAAGAACAUCCAUUCAAACACACCUUAUCUCCAUCAACUACCUUGUAGUUGGGGAGCAGUGUUCUUCCCUAAGCAAUGGAGAGAAUUCUAUGUGUACAUGAACAUGAGAUUCACUGAAGAUGCGAAGAAGAACCCUGUUCAAAUACCGAAAUCAAGAACAAAUGGAUGGCAGGCUUCAUGGAAGAAGUUCCUCAUAGACAUGAUGUACCUUAGAGGAUACGUCUCUCUUUAUCCUAACUUCCCAAACCAGGCUAGCUUUUCUACUAACCACAUGGAACCUGGUGCACACAUAUCAGCCAAGGACAAUGUGGUGAAACAUGACAAGUCCGAUUUCGAGGUCCCAUUGAUUAAUGAAGAUUUCAGGCCUUUGUUGCCGGGCGGGAAGAUGCCCCCUGCUUCUAAACUGCCUUCUCUGAACCUUUUCAACCAGCCUCUUUCCUUGAGGGGGCUCAAGGCUGCUGGGGCCAAGCUAGGCCAGGAUGUGCUGAACUGUACUGUCAGUGAGAUUGUGGCUGUCGAUCAUCAGACUGGACUCCCUUCCAACUGUGCAAGAUUGUGAGCAGAUAUGAUCAUGGUCAUUAUUAUUAUGAUUAUUUGUUCAAAUCAAUAUUUUGGGUUCAGUUUAUUUUUCGUCCUUACAGGAAUCAUUUGUUCAUGUUAUACUGUGAAAAAGGCUCAUUUAGAUUGGGCUAAUGUAUUAUUAAUCUUGUAAUAGUUCAUUAGUUUGCAUUUCCCACAUUAAAUUGAAGAGGGGAAUGCAUUAUAUUAAUCUUACUUAAACCCAUUUGAAAUCGUCUUGUCCCA